AUGACUCCACCCGCUAAAAAACCCGCCAAAUCUUGGCUUCUCUAUCUUUUGGCGAUUGUUUUGGUGGCGAUUGGUGUCUGUGCGGCUUUAAUUAUUUAUUUAACACUAAUUCGAGGACCCGAGGAAGUUCAGGAUAUUUCGGAUUCUGAACUUUUGCUGAGCGGAUUGAAUUCAACGACUUCUAUACCUGUGACAACAACAUCUACAGUACUCAUAACUUCUACCGUAGCUGGAACUACAACUGGAAAAAUCGAAGAUGAGGAAACAUCAAGUACAGAAGCUUCAACUACUACUACAACAACAACAGAGGAACCAUCGACAACAACUGAAGUUGAAGAAAUUGCUGUUCCUCUUGAUGUUUCAUCAAUUUUGAAGGAGAAAACCAAAGAUUUCGAGGUACGGUGUUUUCAGAAGACUUUUAGGGAUUUCUUGAAGUUCUGAAAAAUCCUAUGAAAAAUUUUAGUUAUUAAUUUUGUCAUAUCAUAGCCCAUAGUAAUCUCGUUAUCAGCGACUCAAAAUAGAGCAAGAAGUUAUUUUCUGUAGUCCACUAAUUCCUCGCUUUUCCAACAUUUCAAAAAAAACUUCUCAUUCUUCGUUUCCCCAAAAAAAAACAGCUGUCACCACAUAGUACAUAAAUAUUAUGACUUUAUAUUCUGACUCACAUAUGUUCCUUCCAUCUUCCAUCAUUUCACUUAUACUUCAACAAAAACACAAAGUGAUAUUUUUCAGGUCGUUGAAAAGUGUGCUGACAUUGAUGUUCUUCCCGUUUCUUGUCAACAUCAAUCAUCGUCGAAUUAUCAGUGAGUUUUGAAAAAGGGGGAAAAAUGAAAAGAAGAGAGAGGGAUUUUGAAAGAGGGAGUGAAAAUGAAUGAAAUAUUGAUGGUGGGCUUGAAAAAGUAUUUCCUACAGUAGUUUAUCUAUUCGCAGAAAAAACGUUUUCACCGAUGCGUCUUUGAUAAAAAUUCACAAAGUCUCGAAAGCCAUGCCAAAUAAACUGACUAGACUCAACUCAACCUUGUUCUUUUGCAGAAACGCGGCACCUUCCCAAUUCCAACCACUUCAUUACAAUCUGAAUCUAACACUCCGUGAUGUCCGAAACACUGUGUUCGAAGGAAAUGCAAAACUUUUCGCACAAACUCUGGAAACUACAAAUGGAAUUGCGAUUCAUGCGACAAGAAUUCGAAAUUUGGAUACAAAUCAUAUUCGAGUUGUCAAUUGUGAUUCGGGUUAGUUAUUUUUGUUCUUCUCAAACAUUUUUGUUACACCAAAAGAAAGAUAGAUACAUGUUUAUUUAUCGACAUACCGCAAUGACAUAAGAAAAUAUGAUUUUUUUUUGUUUCUUUAGAGAUUCCUGGAGUUUCAGAGGUUCAAUAGUUAUUUUAAAAUCAGAAACCAUUUGUAAAAUCCGCACAUUUUUCAAAAAGUAAUUAACAACACGUCUUGAGCUAAGCAGCUGUCAAAAAAGUUUCAAAAAUAUGUGUUUUUGCACCGAUGCGUCGGAGAAAAAAACGAAACAAAAACAGGUGUGGGCUAGAGGCUCAGGGCUCGCGGAGCAACAGAAAAAAGAGAUGAGUCACUCACUUUGAGGGGGCCAUCACAACAACAGCACACCAAUUUGUCACCACAAAACCUGAAGAGUUAUCUUUUUGGCGGCGGGUGUCUGGCGAACGGGCGGGAAUAAAUUAUAUGAUAGUACUAUAUAGUGGAUUUAUGAAUUUAUUAGUGGUGCUAGAUGCCGAUAGGAUGCUAACACUUGUGAUCGAAAAAAAGGAAGCAGAAGGGAGAGGGGUUGACAAAAACCUAGACCUGUGAAAAUAAUAAAUUUCAGCAAAUGUAUUUCACACAUUUUUCAAAGUAUUCAUUUUUUAAUGAAAAAAGAUGACUCAUUUUUAAGAAAUCAUUUUCAAAAUGAAGUUUCGAAAUUCAAAAAAUACUUGAUGAAUCCAUGACUAAUUUUUUGAAAUUGAUUUUCAAAAAAAAUUGGAUUAUCAAUAUUCGGAAUAACAUCUCGGCUUUUAAGAAUUUGGAAAAUUUUCCAAAAAAGUUGUGACGUGGCGAAAGUGUGAAAAUUUGAUACGUCAUAAAUUCUCAGUUUACAAAAAAAUUUUAGUAAAUUAUCACAUAUUCAACUAAAAUAAUUGUUUUCAACCCAAAAUAACCUCAUAUUUUUAGGUGAAACUCUCUGCGUCACAAAUGUUCGACAAGUUGAUGAAGUAGUCGUCAUUGAAACCGCUCAAAAAAUCGAUGCCAAAACAAACUUGCGACUUGAUAUCAACGGAUUCAUUUCAAGUGAUUCAACUCCUCAUCUUUAUAAACAAAUUCCAACUGGAAAAUGGAGAGUUCCAGUGAUGAUUGGAAGUGUUUUCGAGCCAACAUCAGCUCGCCAUGUUUUCCCAGCUUUUGAUAAUCACAAUCAAAAAUCCACUUUCUCUGUCUGCGUCUCUCAUCCUCCACAAUUCUCUGUUAUUUCGAAUUCCGAAGUUCUAUCAAAUCAAACAUCAACAACGUGUUUCACAAAAACUGUUCCUCUUACUGCUCAACAACUUUCAAUUGUUGCUUUCGACGAAACCGCGCAUCUCAAUUACAACAAAUCAUCAUCAGAUGGAACAUUUUUGCCAGAAUUCAAUAUUGUUUUCAAUCUCAAGUCAAAUUUCCGAUCAGCUCAAUAUGAAUGGAUUUACGGAGAGGUUUCGAAAGUUAUGAAUUUGAUGUCAAAAUGGUCGAAGUUCUCUUAUCCUUUGGAUAAAUUGAAUAUUGUUGUUGCACCAGUUGCAACAGGACACAGUGCUUUAGGAGUUAUGACACUUCCCGUAAGUUACUUUGUGUUUUCGAGAAAUGAUGACGCUUCCGUAAAAUUUCUAGAAUUAUCUCUAAAACUCAUAAAUUUUUAGUACCUUGAUAAUAACAAAAUGAUUUUUGAGAAUCCAGUUUUCGGUGAUUCUUAAAAAUGUUCAAAUUUUCUGUAAGUUCUCAUAAUAUUUUUAUAGGCUCAAGCAGUCGCAUAUCAAAAACAUACAUCAACCCACGAAACAUUAAUCAAAGAAGUGAUCGGACAAUGGAUGGAAGGAAUUGUAACGACAGAACACACGUGUUUUGAGGUUAGCCUUGCUUAUUUUAUUCAUAAACAAGAGAAAUUCGAUAUUAUUAUUUUGAGAUAGUGCUGAAGGGCAGUUUGAACAUAUGUUUGAAUGCAUCUUUUUUCCAAUACGUGCGCACGAAAGAUAAUCCAUCAUAAAAUCACCGAAAAAUUGUAAUAAUAAAAAUAAUAAGAUGCGCUGUGACCCGGGACUUUUUUAUUACCGAAAUUUCCGAAAAAAAAUCUUUCAAGUGCUCACAAUUAUACUUUUUCCUGAUGAAGCUUAUUAGCACCUCUGUUUUCCUCUUUUACUUUUUGGAUACUUUACACUUGUUAUUUGAAACAAAAAACUUGUCACAUAACACCGCCAGACGAUACGAUAAGAGAGUAUUGAAAAUAGGGAGAGAGGCAGAGAAAGAUUGCGCAAUUCAGGGAUUCUGGCGUGUAAAAAAUAACAAAGAUAUAAAAAAAUAACAAAUGUAUUGAACAGUUUUGUUUUAGAAAGCACUUGUCCAAUAUUUGGAAUGGAAAAUCAACGAAGAAUUGCAAAUUGUGAAAAAGACAAGAAAAUUGGAAAUCGCUAAAAUUCGACCAAGAAAUUUAAAUGAAACUAGCGAUCAAUUGCGAGUUAUUCGAAGUGUACAACAAAAUGAUAAAAUCUUGUGUUCACCAAGAUUUGUUGAAGUUUUCUAUACUUUGGAUGAAACUUAUGGAGAGAAUACUGUUGUUGGAAUUAUUCGAGUGAUUUUUGAAAAGUUUGCAUUUUCAACAGCAACUAUUUCGGAUUGGCAAAAUGCGGCUGAAACUGCGACUGGAAGAUCGGAAGCUGGCAAAUUGAUUGGGGAAUGGUUUGCGAGACCAACGAAGAGACCGAUUCUUCAAGCUGUUGUUCAACCACAACAUGUUGAAUUUACAGUAAGUUAUCUCAAUAGAAAAAAUUCCACGUCCAUUUAAACACAUGGCGUUUUUUGAAGAGUCAUUUGUAUUUUAAUUAAAUAAAUGCCACGUGGAAUUUGCAGACAUUAGGCUCACCUUAACCCUUUCAAAAUCACUAAUAAAAACCCUCUUUACAGCAACUCACUGAUGAAUUAUGGUCCGUUCCAUUGGAAAUCAGUGGUUCAAAUGGUUUGCAUUUGGCAGUUAUCCAAGACAAAACUCAAUCAAUUCCAUUUGUAUCAACUGAUUAUGUCGUCAUCGAUCCAUCUCGAAAAUCUCACGCUUUCGUAGUUUAUGAUGCUGAAACAUAUCUUCGACUAAUUCGAUGCUUCGGAGAUGCUUCAAGAUGUCCAUCAAAAGAAAUUGGUGGAGCAUUUUCUGAUUUGGCAGCUGCUCUUAUUGCCAACAUUCUUCCUGUCCCUGAAACUCAAGAUAUUCCGAAAUGGAAAUCGGUGUUCAAAUUUAUGGCGCAACAAAAUCUUGUUGAAGGAACUGCUGCGUGUUGUGUUGAACAUGCGAUUCAAGAAAUGAGAAAAUGUAGUUAUUGGGAUAUUCAAGAUUUUUGCACAAAAAUCGCCUUUAAUUCGGUUUUAACGCGCACCCGACUGUAAUUUCUACCUAAUUUUUGUUUUUUUUUGUAUGUACGUUUCCUGAUACUCAUAAUAUUAUAUUUUUCUCCGAUUCCCUGUGGAUCUUUCUUGAAAUUGCUUUUGAGCUUACAAAAAUAAAAAUUGAAACUCACUUUGUAUUUUGAAUUUGUGCAUAUCCGCGUGAAAAAGCCGCAUCAGUCGAAUUGUUUCUUGUUUUAAAAAAAACCUGUACGAAUACUGCAGGAAAGACGCAAUGAACAAAACACACAGUUGGGUCUUCACGCGAAAUGUUUUGUGUAGUUCACGCGGGCAAUUUUUAUUUGUUUUUUUUUCAUUUUCUGUUUUUGCGCGCGCAGUAUUUCUCCAAGGAAAAAUCAAUGGAGAAUAACCUGGUCUCACUUGAUAAGAGUUUCAAUGAUUUAUAAGAUCGUCUCUCUUCCGCCUCACCCACUUAAUGAAAAAAAGUAACUUUUUCGACGCGAGAAAAUACAAAUACUUGUAUUGUAGAUACUUAUUUUUUCAUAAUGCAUGGUUAAUUGAAUCAUCAUGACACAAACCAGUCAUAUAAAAUUGGUAUUCGUGCGCCUUUUUUCCUUUUUCUCCUUCUAUUUCUCUUUUUUAUUCUUGUCCACCAACUAUAGUGUUGUUGUUUUGUACAUAUUGUAUCGAUUCGUUAUUUCAACGCGCGGCGCUCCCUUGUUUUCGAUUUCAUUCUUGCGCUUUAGUCUCUCGUCUUCGAAAAACCACGAGGAUUUCGAGAAAUUUCUUUUUUCACACUUUUUUUUGAUUUCAAUUCAAUCAAACCAGAUUCGGUUUCACAAUGAUCGGAUGACGUGCGUUUGAUUGCGAAACCGAAAUCAUCAAUUUUCUCUUCGUAACAACAUUUAGUACGUGGCAGGAAGUUCCUCAUGAAAUAUAUUUUAUUUGUUUUUUCAAAGAAAAAUGUAUUUUUUUUAUUAUAUUUCUGGCAAAAGAACUGUUCUAACUUUCACUUGAGAUUUUUGAUAAAAUAUGUUUUCUAGUAGUUUUCGAGACGCUGAUCACGUAAUCAACAGUUGCAGAAAUCAGCUUCUAAUAGGAGUUAUGACGUGGCGAAGUUCAAAAAUUUCUAAAAACCGGGGUGAAGUCGAAAACGAUUAUUUAGAAAACAUAUAUUUUAUCAAAAAUCUAGAAGGAAAGUUGAAACAGUUCCUUUGUAAAAUCAUUUCGAAAAUUGAUCAUUUUUCACAUCAGACAUCAUUGUUUUGACAAUGUUUACAUUAUGAUGAUUAUUUUAAGCAUCCGAAAUAUUUUUUAAAAUUUGUGAUCGUUGUCUCUGCCCUUAUCCAAAUAAUAUAUAGACUUCCCUCUUUUUAUUUACUUUUCGUUUUUUUCCAAUAAUGCUCAUUGUAAAAGCGUUUUUGUUUUACGCUCACCUCUCAUAUUUCAAAACACCCCCCGUUUUUCAUGCGAAAAUUAAUCGGGCCGGAAGCUGACCUGACCCCUUGUUGCUAAGUAACAACCACAACUUUCCAUUUUUUUUCUGACUUAAAAAUAAAAUAGAUAGACAAAACACAUUUUUGAAAACGACCUUGAUUUUACCGACUUGGCCUUUUGAUAUGAAUCAUUAUUUCGUUUUAUUUAACAAACUUGGAAAACUUAAUUUAAUCAAACCUUUUUUUUUGCAGAAUGUUUCAACAUUUUUCCACAUUUCUACUAACAGUUCUGAUAUUUUCACCUGGUUUCAUUGAAGCCAGAAGAUCAAGCAGUGGAUCUGGAGGAUUUUCAAGCAGAGGACAAUCUGCAAGUCGAGGAAGUGUAGGACAAACUAAUACUGGAGGUGGAUUCAAUAAUAAUCAAGGAGGAUUCCAUCAAAAUACAAAUAAUGGUGGAUUCAAUAACAAUAAUGUUCGACCAAAUACAAAUCAAGGAAACUUCCAUCCAAAUACCAAUCAAGGAAAUUUCAAUAAUGGAAACAAUUUCCGACCAAACACGAAUACUGGGUAAGCAUUCAGGCAAAUUUUGGAAGAUUUUGGGAGCUGUGAAUAAACUCCAAGAGAAAAUUUGAAAAAAUUUUUAAAAAAUGCAACUUCGGGUUUUCAAAAAGAUCACGUUUUUUUUCUGAAAGAUUUGAUAAUAAAAUUCUCAGAUAUUACAUUUUUCUACGUACAAUGGUUUUUAAACUGAAAAUUCAAUUUUUUAACCUUUAGAUUCCAUUCUGGAAGUGGUCUCGGCUCAUCAUCAAGCAGUGGAACAUUCAAAAAAGCAUUAAUUGGUGGAGCUCUCGGAGCAGCUGGUGGAAUAAUUGCAUACGAAGCCGGAAAAGCCAUCAUCCGCUCAGCAACCGAUCCAUUUAAUUACAAUGGAAGAAGUUAUCAUUGGGAUAAUGCUCAAGUUAAACAAGGAGAAUUCCAAUGUUCGAUGCCAUUGAGUCAAUUAACUGGACAAUCUGGAACGACCACAACAACCACUACAACAACUGCUGCUCCAGGAGAUGCAAAUGCUUCAUCAACUACAGUUGCACCAACAUCCACAACUACACUUUCACCAGAUCAAGUAUUGCAAAAUGUCAGUUUUUCUUUUGGAAAAUCAAAAAAACAUGGGGAAUUUUAAAAAUGUCUUCUUGUGUAAAUAUUAACAAAACACUACUACCUAACGAAAAGUUAGAAAAUAUCAAAAAAGAUCAAAAAUGUUCACUUAUUGUUUGACAAGACGAAGAAAGAUCAAAGGGUCGGAAAAAUACGAAAUUUUUGGUGAUGAAAAUUAUGACGUUGCACUCUUGAUCUUUGGUUACUAGAUUUCGAGAAAUACAUUUUUAAGCAAUUUUUCGGAAUUUUCUAAGAUCUUAAUUUUGGUUCAAAAAAUAAAAUUUUUUGUUUUUUUUUCGGUCCCUAUGUCUUUUCCAAAUUGAAUUUUUAUACAUUUUUCGAAUAAUUUUCUCUGAAAGUUCCAAAGAAAACAUUUAACAAAAAAUCGAAAACACUGAAUUUUUCUUUUAAAAAAAUCCUGAAUUCAAUUUAAUUUUUUCAGGUUCAAUACAGCAAUGGAGAACGACCAAAAACAAUUGUCUGGGGUUGUAAGGUAAUUUUAAAUACAAUAUUUUCGCUACAAGACCUCUGACAAAAAUCUUCCAGGUCGGACGUGAAACAUGUUGCGGAACCGAUUGUUGUCCAGUUCAAAAUCAAGCCUCAAAUACUGGAAGAAGUGGAGGAGGAUCAACAAUUGGAACAGUUAUUUUCAUGUACAUUUUUUGGUUUCAUUUUUAACUAACCUUUUAUUUAUGUGUGAAAAUUCUAGGAUUUUUUUUCGAUUUUGAAAAAUCCUUAACGAAAACAGGGUAUUUUGUAAAUAAAUUGCUAAUUUUUGAAAAAGAAAAAAGCUAAAUGUUUUGUCCGCGUCUUUUUUGGUGGUGGUGUUGUAUUUGUCCGUGUCUUUGUAUUUUUGUUAAAAAAAGGAGCUUGGGAGAAUUUUUGAUCAAAAAUAUAAUUUCAUAGGUAGAAAAGGAUUUUUAUGUCAAAUUUGACUACGAUUUUUCACAAAAAAAAUUUAUUUGAGAGAUCACACAAAAUCAAGAGACGCAGAAUCCAAAUGAAACUUGUUUGUCAGAAAUAAAAAAGUUUCAAAUAUGUUCAACAUCUCUCAUUUUAUGUGCUCUCUAGAAACAGUUGAAAAAAAUUCAAACAGAAUUUAGAAUUCUAGAAAAUCUCAUUGAUGAUUUUAUUUUUUCCUAUGAUUUUAUUUUUAUAACAAAUUUUGAAUUUCCCUUCAAUUUCCCUCCAAAACUCCCUAUGUUUCAGAAUCUUCUUGAUUUCAUUGCUAUUGUGUUGUGGAUGUUGUAUCGGUGCAUAUUGUUGUUGUCGUCAAGUUUUCGAUUGUUUCCAAAGUGACAAUAAUGGACGAAAAGAUGAUGAUUAUCAAGAGGACUAUCAAAAUCAACAAAACUAUCAAAUGCAAAACUAUGCUCAACCACAACAACAACAACCUUUCCAACAACCAAAUUAUCAACAAGGCGGAUAUCAACAACCACCAAAUCAAGGAUAUCCACAAGGAGGAAACUAUUAUCCACCAGCACAAUAUCCAUCGCAACCAAAUUAUUGA